AUGGAUGAUUCUAUGCCGAUCUCUUCUGCUGCAUCUUUUCUUGUAGCACCUGCUGAGUCGGCAUUUGCUGCUGGUGAUUCAGAGGCUGGUGAGGCUGCUUUGUGGGAUAUCUGGAACCAAGUGGUCGAAUACGCAUCUCAAACGCCAGCCCAUGAGCUCGACAGGGUGAUCGAGGUCCUUAAAGCCGUGGCUGACCUAGAAGAACCGGCUACGUUCGAAAUCUGGGGCAAGCAAGCUACUUGGAAGCAACUUCCGUUGCUUGGACCCGCCAUUCGAGAGAGUUGGGAUGAUGAGCGACACGCAGAACCAUUCAACAUUAACGCGUUUGCGGCUCGUCUUACAGCAGCUAAUCUAGUAGAUCUUUCUAUGUACGCGAUCUGGACGCUGCGUUCCGUGUUGGAGGACUCUAUACCGAGCCAGAUCUACAGUAAAAGUGGGGACAAAGGCUGUAAAGCAGCUGCGGCAUGGUUCAUAUAUGCGGGGGAAGUUCUGUACGCCUUUUGUAAAGAGGGAAGGAAAUUUGGUGGUCGUGGCGCUGAGCAGGGUAGCGAUGUUGUUGGCGAAGAUUGGAAUGGUUUUAACGAAGAGAGAUGGGGGCUAUGGGUCGAACGCAUAGAGGAGGUACAGAGGACCGUGGUGGACGAAGAUACGAAGAAAGUAUUACAAAAGGCGAUGGAAGGGAUUCAGGGCGCUAGUGGUGACUAA